AUGCUUGCCAGUGAGUCUGAAUUUAAGUGCCUAUUUCAGUUCUCAAAACAAUCGGUGUCAAGGAGAAGAUACAAACACUUUGACUGGAUUCACACUCAUUUAACCUUCAAGUUUCCCUUUCUGCCCAUUCCACCUCUCCCAGAAAAGCAGAUCUCAGGUCGCUUUGAGGAAGACUUCAUUGAGUACCGCAUGACAAUGUUGCAAUCUUGGGUGGAGCGCAUCUGCCGUCACCCUGUGCUGUCACAGAGUGAGACUUUCCACCACUUUAUCACCUGCCCGAAUGAUGAGAAAAUGUGGAAGGCAGGCAAGAGGCGCGCUGAAAAUGACAGGCUAGUAGGAGCAAACAUCUUCCAGGCCAUAGAACGACCUCAUAAACCUUUGGAUAUUUUGCACGUAGAUGCCACACUAGAUGGGUUUUCAACGUUCCUGGGGCGGCUGGAUGAGUCAGUGCGGUUGGCUCAAAGCACAUGCCUCGACCAGGCCAAGAGGUACCAGAUGGACUUCAAACGGGAACAUGAUAGGGUGUCAUUCUCUUUCUCUAAACUCAGCAAAGCAUUUGAAACUGAUCCUUUCAAUGAUGGCUCAGGUCUAUCCCAGGCACUUCAGGAGAUGAGCACUGCCUAUGAGGAAAUUGGCACUAUGUAUGAAAUGCAGCCAAAGCAUGACUGGGAUCCUCUGAGUAACCUUCUCUUUGAGUAUAGGGGGCUUAUAUACUCUUUCUCAAGCGUCAAUUCAUUAUUAAAGGAUGUUCUAGCUAAGAGAAGAAAUGCUGAGAAGGAUGCCAAAGAAGGACGGCUCGAAUACGAUCAGUUACCGCAUAUAAUCAACCAUUCUGACACAGUGGCAUAUGCAUUUGAAGCAGAGUUAGCCCACUUCCAGGCUGUUCGAACAAAGGAUUUCAACAAGGCUAUUGCAUCAUUCUUGAAAGGUCAAAUUAGCUUUUACCAGAAGAUCAGUGACAGACUCGGUACAUCACUUCAAAAGUUCAUAAUGUGAUAUAUUAACUUAAAUGUGCAUAUAUUUGUCAUGGAUGAAUUUGAUAAUUUAUAUUAAUUUACACACACACACACACACACACACACACACAAAUAAACAUAUCCAUAAACAGUGCAUUGCAGCUGACACACACAUUUACACUUUUGCACCUAUAAAAACACAUAAACAUACAAGUAUGAAAUCAUUUACACACUCACAUAAACACAUGCUGAUUUAUAGGUACACAACAAUUUUCAGUUAUAGGUUGUUUGCGUAUAUAAUUUUCUCUUGUUUUAGCUCUUAUAUGCAAGUGUUCUGCAGUGCCAAACUUUGAUAACAUACUGAAUGUUAUCCUAUUAUGUGAAGAAAUAAAGUUCAAGCAAGAAACUUUGUUAAAAGUUUAUCCAUGUCAGUAAGUGCGCUUCAGGACUCAUGUGAUUAUCUUUGCCAAUAACAUGCAUAUCUGCUAGUUACUCUGUACAAAAUACAGUAUCAGAAUUACAGGAUAACUGAUUUUGUGUCAUUUUACUGGAUCAUCCACUCCUCUUUUUGUAUAAUGGUUUUUAGUAAUUACUUGGUAUAUUCCAUAAAGCCUUUAAAGCACAUGAUUAUACUGUUGAAUCCUUAGUUUUGCUGGAAUAAUUGAAAUGUAUUAUUUUUUAAUGGAAACUUCAAUAAAAAAUUUAAAACCAUAAGGGACACAUAGUGCAUGUCUCAUAUAUUUUAAGCCCCUUACAUCUACUUUGAUAUGGGGCUAUGUAUAUAUUAAAUAAUGAGAACAUUUUAAUGGAUCUACAAAAACAAAAAAUCAUAAUGAUCAGAUUCAUGUAUUUCACAACUCUACAAUAUAUAUGUUGAAGUACUCUGGUGGAAAACAAGAAAUUACAAAAUCAGAUAAAAUACAA